UCUCUCUAUAUUAUAUAUAUACAUGUAUAUAUAUAGAGAGAGAGCUUCUCCACUCGUGUCGUCCCUCUCUCAAAGCGAGGCUAAGCCUCCUCCGCCACAACCACCAAUACCAGUCCACCGUUCCAAAACUGUAAAUUUUGUUUAUUUGAUUAGGUUUUAGUGUUUUUUUUCUUUUCUUUCUGUAUCUAUGGCGACAGUGUCGAGGAAGGAAAUGGAUCGUAUCAAGGGUCCGUGGAGUCCAGAAGAAGACGAACUGUUGCAGACGCUGGUUGAGAAGCAUGGACCCAGGAACUGGUCGCUCAUCAGCAAAUCGAUUCCGGGUCGAUCGGGGAAGUCGUGCCGUCUGCGGUGGUGCAACCAGCUGUCGCCGCAGGUGGAGCACCGCGCGUUCUCGCCGGAGGAGGAUGAGACCAUCAUCAGAGCGCAUGCCAAGUUCGGGAACAAGUGGGCCACCAUCGCUCGUCUUCUCAAUGGUCGGACCGAUAACGCCAUUAAGAACCACUGGAAUUCGACUCUCAAAAGGAAAUGCUCGUCCAUGUCCGAUGACUUCCCGUUCAUCGACGAACAUGAACAACCGUCUCUGAAGAGAUCGGCGAGCCUCGGCCCGGGCACGAACGUUUCCGGUAUGUAUAUCAAUAACCCGAACAGCCCGUCCGGAUCCGAUUUGAGUGAUUCGAGCCUCUCCGGCAUUCCUUCGUCGCAUGUUUUCAGACCCGUGCCAAGAGCUGUCGGGGUAGCACCACCGAUGCCGCAGAUCGAGAAGUCGUCGUCGUCGACCACCGACCCGGCUACCUCUCUGAGCCUGUCCCUGCCCGGAUCCGAUUCGUGUGAGGUCUCGAAUCAAGGAUUCGGAUCCCAUCAAGUCACGCAGCCUACCCAGUUGGCUCCUCCACCGCCACCACCAUCACCGCCUGUGAUCGUACACCAGUUGGCCCCGCCACCGUCAGCGACACUGAUGGUGGCUCACAGCGGUCAAAACUUCGAAUUUGGAGCUCCGACGGCUGAGAAACAGUUCUUCAGUCAAGAAUUCUUGUGUGUGAUGCAAGAGAUGGUCCGAAAGGAAGUGAGGAACUACAUGUCUGAGAUUGAACAGAAUGGGCUUCGUUUGCAUGCUGAAGCAAUCAGGAACGCAGUGGUGAAGCGAAUUGGGAUUAGCAAGAUCGAGUAGUUUUCGAGUCUGAAGAGACUCUGAUGAAAUAGUUGGGGACUUAGUGAUCGGAGUUCAAAUGAAGGGUCAAGAAACGAUCUUCGUUUUUUUCACAAUUCCCUUCUCCUUUUUUAUACAAAAAUAAUUCUGGUUAGUGUACAGGUGAGGGGGGAGAGAGAUGAGUUGAAGUUAUGAGAAAAAAAAAUUCUAUCUUGAAUAGAAAAUGCAAGAACGAGAAGAGAAAACUAAUAAUGAAAUUUCUGUUUUCUGUGGAAAAAUGAAGUUUUAGAGUACAAAUUUAGAAUUUAAUUUU